AUGGCCAAGACAAGGAGUAUGAACAGAAACCAAAAUCAAGAUGAUAAUGAUAAUGCAUCAUCAUCAUCUAGCAGGAAGAGGUUGAAGAGUUUUGACAAGGGUGAUGUGGGAUAUUGGUCAGAUCUAAACCAUGAUGUGCUUUUUCUAGUUAUCAUGCAAUUAGGAUUUGUUGAUUUCUUUGCAUUCAAUGAAGUUUGCAAGUCACAGAGGUCACUUGCACUCUCCGAGAGGAAUAUAUACUUGGACUCCAUACCUCCCAUGUCGAUAUCUACCAGUAUUAAUAAACAAGACCGAUUUGGUAUCCGGAGGACUUUAAAGGAAAAAAAAUUAAAAACCAUAGUUCCAGAUUCAGCUGGCAGGAUCUGUAUUGGAUUGACUUGUGGUUACCUAAUCUUAUUCGGUAGGGAAACCAAUGACUUCUGGCUUGUGAAUCUUAUCACACGGUAUGAACUCUAUUUCCCUAAUUACCCCUUAUAUCUACCUUUUGGUGAUAAAACAAAGGCUAUCCUUGUGUUUUUACCUUCAUUAUCUGGGUGGUUGUUUCUUGUGUUACGUAGAAAAAUAUCGUUUUGUAUAGAAGGUAAACGAGGAUGGAAUCUUGUCUCCUCCGGUCUCCCCAUCCUUGAUUUCCAUGCUUUCAAGGGGAAGAUAUAUACUCUACAUACCGAUCUCUCUGUAUCUGAACUCAUACUCAAUCCGAAUGGGAAACGUAAAUGGAUGUUAUUCGAAUCCAAGAACUUUACGAAGUCGUACUUAUCACUUACAACUCUGGUGAAAACCUUUACGUGA